GUGGGGAAUCUGGGUCUCCUCUUCAUGUUGCUGUUCUUCAUCUAUGCAGCACUGGGAGUGGAGCUGUUUGGGAAACUGGAGUGUUCCGAGGAGAACCCGUGUGAGGGUCUGAGUCGUCACGCCACGUUCCAGAACUUUGGCAUGGCGUUCCUCACCUUGUUCCGCGUUUCCACCGGUGACAACUGGAAUGGAAUUAUGAAGGUUGUGGAAGAAGAGCGUUGUCGUGGUAGCCUGCUGACGGCAGGCCGGCCGUCUCUGUCUCGUAUGAUGUCUCUGCCUAGCGACAGCUACAUGCUCCGCCCCCUACAGCCUCUCAGACACACCCGCUACCCUCCCAUUGGCCACGACACCUACAAGGGAUGCGGUUUCUCAGGUUCUGUCUAUUCCAUGGGUUCUAGCGGAGCAGGAUCCCUACUGCAGGUCCCGGGGGCGUUACCGUCUGGAAGCCACGCAUCCCUCAGCUCCAGGGGCUCCAGCUGCAGACCCACAGUCAGGCUCAGCCCCUCCCACAGCGUAGACAGACACUCCCUCUCCAUGGCGAGACACACCCCCAGGAGGCCUGGCCACGUUGACAGCAGACGGGCCUCUUAUAUACAUAGCCCAUCCCACAGUAUGGACACACAUAGUUACAGACUCAGCACUGCUCAGAGCAUCGACAGAGACUCCUCCCGUUACCUCGAUAGACGGGCCUCUUAUAUCCACAGCCCCUCCCACAGCAUGGACAGUAGACACACCCCUUAUAUCCACAGCCCCUCCCACAGCAUGGACAGUAGACACACCCCUUAUCUCCACAGCCCCUCCCACAGCAUGGACAGUAGACACACCCCUUAUUUCCACAGCCCCUCCCACAGCAUGGACAGAAGACACACCCCUCAUAUGGAUAGACACACCCCUUAUAUCCACAGCCCAUCCCACAGCAUGGACAGUAGACACACCCUUUAUAUCCACAGCCCCUCCCACAGCAUGGACAGUAGACACACCCCUUAUGUCAGUAGCCCCGCACACAGUAGCAAUAGACACACCCCUCAUAACAAUAGACACACCUCUCAUAUGAGUAGCCCAUCCCACAGCAUGGACAGACAGCCUGAACCCAGAUCCUCCCUCAGUGUGAGAAGACAGCUGAGGAGACAG